CAUUGAGCGUUUAGUUGUUACAUACAUCUGCGUACACUCGGACGCGCGAUGGUAUCAAACUGACAACUCAACUUUUUAAUUUUUCUUUUUUUUUAUUUUAAAAUGACAGUGAAAUCAAAAAAGUAUUAUUUCGUUUUUAGCGAAGGUAGCAAAAUUAAUCAGCUUAUAUGUGCAUUUACGAUAAAUUUCCUGUUGUUCUGCUAUGGAGCUAGCAUCGGAUGGAUGUCACCUAUGACUUUGCUGCUGCAGUCAGAUCAGUCGCCUAAAGGAACUCCCUUAUCAAUUUCAAACAUAUCAUGGAUGGCCUCUGUUCCGUACUUGAUGGCUGUGCUGUUUGAAUUCUCCAUCGCUAUGAUAGGAGACAUAGUGGGGAGGAAAUUUACCUUGCUUUUCUUAGCAAUUACUAAUGUUGCUUGUUGGAUUCUAAAGCUGUCUUCCAUGGAAGUAUGGGCAUUUAUACUGGCCAGAGCUAUGGUAGGCUUCACAAUGUCUGGAGUAUAUGUUAUAUGCCCGUUAUAUACCAAGGAAAUAAGCGAGGAUAGCAUCCGAGGAUUCCUUGGUACUUUGCUGAUCUUCUUCCAAACCUCGGGCAACCUGUUCCUCUACAUCAUCGGCGACCUGCUCAGCUACCGCGCUGUGCUGUGGGUCUGCUUUGCCAUGCCUGCUGUAUAUAUAUUGGUGAUCUUUUUUAUGCCUGAGUCACCAUCCUUCUUGCUAAAGAAAGGGAAGUUUGACGAAGCACUAAAAGUACUGGCGUGGCUACGCUGCCGACCGCUGGACGACCCUUCACUGAAGCAGGAGCUGGACAUCGUGGUGAAGGAACAGAAGGCGGAUUCAGACAGCAGUCACUUCGCUCUCAAAGCUAUACUGCAGGACAAGAUCCUGUUUAGAGCAUUCAGAAUUGCAGUGUUAGUAUCGCUUGCCAGAGAAGUGUGUGGUUCAUGUCCGGUACUCAACUUCGCUGGGGAGAUCUUCGCAUUAUCUUCACAGGGGGGAGGCCUGGCUUUACUGACUUCCAACCAGCAAGCCAUGGUGCUGGGCUUCGUACAGGUCUGUGGAGCCUUGUUAGCGUCGAGCGUCGUUGAACUCACCGGACGAAAGCCUCUGUUCGUGGUGACAGCCGUGGUAUCAGGGCUCAGCAUGUGUCUGCUGGCGUCCUGGUUCCUAGCUCGGGAGCUAGGUGUCACACUGUCUCCCUGGAUUCCCGUCACCACGCUCUGCCUCACGAUCUUUUGUGACUCUUCUGGCAUCCAGCCUGUCUCCGUGGUCAUUAUGAGCGAGAUGUUCUCUUACAAGUUCCGAGGCACUGUCAUGGCCGCAUCGAUGACAUUAGCUUCGGUUGCUGCGUUCCUGCAAAUGAGAUUCUUCAAACCAUUAGCGAACUCCGUGGGUAUCCACGUAUCGUUCUAUUUCUUCGGCGCUGUAUGCCUACUCUCAGCGUUGUAUGUUAUCCUGGUACUGCCAGAAACAAAACUCAGGACUGUAGAAGAGAUACAACACGAUUUGAAAACGAAAAAGGAGAAGAGAAAAGAGUUGGAGAUGAAAAAAACGUGGGAGACUGAAAAUGAGACUAUAACGAAGUUUUGAUAUUGCCGCUUACCUAUACAGCAUUUUUUGCUACUUAUGUAAUGUAAAGUAGAUCUCAAAAUUGUUAUUUUUACAAAUUAAGUAAAGUUGUUCUUCGCAAAACGUAAAAUUAAAUAUUUGAACCAUA